AGAGCUGACUCUCCUCAUCAUUGUCGGCUGUACCUCUUGUACUUGAGUACCAUCCGUACUCAUCCGACAAAGUACAGGUGCAAUUCGUUUUUCGUAGGGGUCCUCCCAUCCUCGACUGGUACCUUCUCUAGAUGGCGAGUCGUACGUUGCUCAGCGUUUUGUUGUUUGCACUGUUCGUGAGUGCCGCAGCGCAAAAUGCCACUGCCCCACCGGUCUCAGCUGAAGAUGAAGAUUGGGGUUGGUGUGUGACGACCGAAGGCGACAAUCCUACAUGCCAAUCAUUGAUCACAAUCUUGGCAGACCUCGACCCAGAAGCAGCCCACAAGUACUCCUGCAUCGUAGGGGAUGGAGCCGAGGACUGCAUGAAGAAGAUCAACAAUGGAGACGCGAAAUUCGGAGUGUUCGACGGAGGAAACAUCCGCAAGGCGAGCAACACGUACAACCUGAAGCCAAUCCGCAUUGAGAUCACCGGAACCUCGACCGACAGAUACUUCUCGGUUGGUGUGGUGAAGAAGGACAACUGCCCCAGAAACAUCAACGACCUCAAGGGCAAGCGCACUUGCCACAGCGGAUACGGAAGAGCGGCAGGAUGGACCAUCCCCAUUACGUACCUCGUCGACAGCAAAAUCAUUCCCGUCGUCACAUCAGGCCCCGCUCAGAACGACAUCGAGUCCGUGAAGGCAUUCUUCUCCAAGACCUGCGCAGCGUCGAACGAUCAGACCAAGGCCGUGUGCUCGGCUUGCAAGACCACUACCGGGUGCACGCAGGAGGACAUCUACUACGACUACGAGGGAGCAUUCCGCGGCGUGGUCGAGGACUCGUGCGACAUCGCUUUCACCAAGCACAGCAUCCCGAUCGAUUACGCAUCGAACGGCCAGUACGCGCAGACCGGGUGGACUGGGUUGGGCCCGGCCUCCGACUACGCGCUCCUGUGCCCGACGCCGUUGAACGGGGCGUUCUGCACUGACGUGGCCAACUACGCCGACUGCAACUUCGGCAACGCCCCGCCGCACACCAUCUUCGUCGCCAGCGACUGGCCCGCCGUCGAGGUGCAGGAGUUCCAGGCCGUGCUCGACGCCGCCAACAACGACCCCGCCUUCAACGCGCUCCUCUUCCAGGGCAAAAACACGGCCGGCUCCAUCUUCGUCUCCGAUGCCACCAAGACGUUGGCGUACUCCGGCACCGUCGACGCGCUGGUCGCCCCCAUCGAGAAGGCCGCCACCUCGCUCGAGGCCAUCAACGCCGCCAAGCCUCCCACCGGUGCCGCCGCCGGCCUCCUGCCCUCGCUCCUCGGCGUCGUGGCUGCUGCCACCUCCGGCCUCGUCUUGGCCGCUGCUCUCUAGACUUGAGGAUUUCCGUGAUUGCUUCGGCCCGUGAGAUCUCUACGAUGUGCAUUCUUUCGAUAGCGUUUUGAAGUGCAGAGUUUUCAAGUUAUACGAUUCCGGGUCACCAUCAGGGCCAUCUGUCGUCUACAUAUAGUCGUCUCGUGUGGCCUCGGAUCCCGCAAAGAUGUGAGCGUGAUUUAUCUGAGUUUUGUUCACUAUGGUCCAAGUCUGGAGUGAGGAGGGACUUCGACCCCAGGAAAUGUCAAUAUAUCUGCUUGUUCGCCUCACCCGACUGUACGUAUUUCAUUCAGGGAGCAAUCCAGAUACUCACUGUAGGAAGGGGACGUGUUAUCUCGUUCAGUGCAUAGAUUGUUCUACUCUUAUGUGAUAAAAAAAUUAAAAAUCUGG